CCUUGAACUGCAUGCUGCUUCCCGAACUCGCGGCCUACUUGGGCUUCGUAGAGUCGAGGUAUGCAGAGCGAGAUCUUCGCCCAGAACAAGUCAAGAAGCAGCCAAGCUGCAAGCUGCAACCGUACCAACGAGCACGAAAACCAUGUACACGACAUUGUAUUGUUACUUGCCAGAAAAGUACAAGCCGGAACAGGUACAAACGACAGGAGCGGACUGGGUACUUCUCGUUUUCACGCUUGGAGGAGGUUUGGUGCUAUUUUUCCUUUCCUCUCUUCGCUACUUCCUUGCCUGCUUCGUGGCAACGACGUGCAAGCAUGCAGUUUGACGUUGCGCAACUACUGCUCUGCUGCGGAGUGCCUCUACUGUUGGCCGUGUGGUAUCUGCGCAGGACGCGUGUGGCCACGAACGUCUCAGGAAAAAUUCCCAACUCGCUGGAGGUGGGCUACAGCCACUGGACGGGUCAUAUAGGCUACAUUGUCAGCCACAACAACGUCGACGCAGGUCAGUACGCCAUGAAUCUGUACGAGCUGGUCGGCCAGGCUCCGGAACCGGUCAUGGCUCUCCACCUGUACGGGCCCAAGUGGCUAGCAAAGCCGGUGUACACCGUCACGGAUCCCGAGCUGAUCGCCGCUGCCACCAUGAGCAGCAAAACGACGCGCUUCCAGUCCUUGGAGAGGAGCGUCGGAACCGUCAUGGGAAAGAAGGCGCUGGCAGCGCUGCGUGGCGAGGAGCUGAAGCGACAUCGCAAGCUGCUCGCCUCCAGCGUGAUGAGCCGAAAGGCGCUGGACCGGUUUGUGGAGCUGACCGGUGACGUCACGGAGGCAUUCCUGCAGACUCUGCAGACGCAGCCCCAGGCCGGACAGUCAUCCAUCGAGUUAGACCUCCUGGACGAUUGCCCAGUUGGCAUCAUGAUGGUGGACGUGUUUUCGCAGUAUUCCUUCGGUCUGGGCCUGUCUGCCUCGCUGUCUGACAAAACCCCAGAGGAUGUGGAGCGGAGGCAACAUCUUCAUGCUGGUAUGAACAUACUAUUCGACGCAUUCGCCGCCCGAGUCUCCACCGCUGGUCCCCUUAUGUUCCUCUCGUACAUAAACUACUGGCAGAAUCGUAAAAUCGCCGACGUUCACCAAUUCUUCCGCGACGAACUUGUGCUGCCGGCCAUUCGCGAGCGACAGCACGAUAUACAGGAAGGGCUUGAUGUGCCGAAUGAUGCUCUGACGUUGAUGCUGACAGAGGGAGAUGACGAAGUGGCCGCAUUCACGGAAGACGAGAUUGUUGACGAGGCGAUGCUCAUGAUGGUCGUUUCCUAUGAAACAACGGCGAACACGAUCUUAUGGGUGUUCUACCACCUCGCCCUGAACCCAGAAUGUCAGCAGCGUUGCUAUGAGGAAGUGCGUGGUGUGAUGUCAUCAUAUCCUCAGGGAACUGUUCCCUCGCUCUCAGACCUGGAUCAGAUGACCUAUCUACACGGUGUGAUGGACGAGACCAAUCGACUCACGCCCAUCACCCGUACCGUCAGUCGUGAGGUAGUUGAAGAUCUGCCACUACGAGGAUAUGUCGUCCCCAAGGAUCACACCUUGCUGUGCUUUUCCAAGGACCCAGCUAAGUGCGAGGAGGUGUUCGACAACGCGGGGCAGUUCUUACCGGACCGAUGGCUCAACGACCCCAAGGGCGGAGCCAAAAAGCCCGGGACGCACUCGCUGGCGUUUGGCAACGGCCCGUUCCGUUGCUUUGGUAAGCCGCUGGCCGUGCAGGCGUUGCGAUCUGUGUUUGCCGUCUGGGUACAGCGCUAUCGCUUCGAGCUGGUGACCGAGGACGUGAAGCCGCGCUUUCGCAUAGCCUACCAUCCCACCGAGAUGGUGUUGAGGAUGUUCCCGCGCGAAGCGGCACACUGAACGACGAAUGCACGCUAUUCAUUCAGGUUCGGCGAAACCGGUCCGGUUGGUCAGGCCCUGGCCGGACCAACCCUGUGGUCACCAACACGCGAGGUGGUCAUGCCCCUCCCCUAUCAUGCAAAGUGUGUGACGGGCCAUGGUAUGUCCGGAUUAAUUCAAAAACUGCUUCCGCCGUUACGGUCAUUUCAACUGUGCACUACCCAGAGACUGCUCAGAGACUGCUCAGAGAGUGCAGCGAAAAUGUAUGGAUCUAGUGGAUGGCUACGGCGGAAUCUGUGGCAUACUGGGGACACAUGGUGUACCUCUUCUCUCAAUAGCACGGGUUAUAGCAGUUUGCACGCACGCGCGUGCGCACACACACACACACGCACACACACACACACACACACACACACACACACACACACACACACACACAUUUUCUGGCCGGUGAAUAGCUACUUCAAAGUAUUUUUUCUUUUUUUCCCCCACACGCACAUCACACGCACAUCACACCACAUCCUCGAGCAUGCACUGGCUGUUGGUAACCAACCAGGAGAAGGAAAGAAGACCUAGGAGAAUGAGAAAUAGAAGGAAGACUUGUGUUACCGUGAUGUCGGCAAUUAAACCCGCAACCUCUCCGUUGGAAAUCGACUGCACAUGCCACUGCACCACACACACACAAACACACACACACACACACGCACACACAUCGUGCACACCAUUGGACCAUUGGACGCCCAUCGCCGGAGGCGAUGACAGCGAUGCUACGGCAGAAGUCAUAGCAGCUUGUUCUGGGAUUGCACCAUUCAACAGCUUGCAAGGCUGAAGAAUCGUGCACACACUUUUUCUCAGUAAAAUAGAUGUUCACUGGUAACAACAGGAUAGGGCUGUAGCACUCCGUCCGGCCACGGCCAGACCUUCAAGAUUUCGGUGAAAAUGUUGACCAUAAAAUUCACGCAAAACAGGUGUUUUGUCAAUUUCUGUUCAAGUAUACCAUGCAUUUGACCAGGGACCACCGGAA